GAAUGCAUGUGGGAGUGAGUGUUAGCCCCUGUCGACACGGUGCCGGGGAAAAGGAAAGGGGGACAGAGGAGAGCGGGUUGAGAGGAGGAGAAGAGAGGGGGAGUGUUGACUCUGACUGGAUGAAGAGGAACCUCAUGCCACUGGAUCAGAGGACUCCGAUGUGCAACAACUACUCCAACUACUGCCGCCGCCCGUGUGCCGCCGCCUGCCUGUCCUCUUAACUUCUGCCAUGGCAUAGCUUCCUCUUCCAGUUCGCCUCUAAUCCACUAAGGACACGGGCAUGCAUGGGCAGAACCAGGGAUCUAGGCUAACGCAUCCUUUACGUCAGUGAUUCACAGUCUGAGGAAACAUGGUGAGCAAGGAGAGUGGCAAAUGUAUGCUCACCAACUCAGAGUCUGACUCGGAGGCAGCGCCUUUGCCCUCGACCUCCCUGGCGCUGGAGGUGAAGUAUUCCCUGGAAGCCAGUCGACAGGUGAGGAAGAGGAACAAGGCCCUGCAAGUGCGUUUCAAGGAUAUUUGUGAGGCACAAAACGAGCAACGGGAGGCGGAGUUACAUGCAGCGGGGAAAGGUGGCAAGCCCAUCUCAUACAAAGUGGCGUAUCGCAAAUACAUGACCGUCCCUGCCCGCCGAUCCAUCCCAAACGUCACGAGGAGCACAGGGGUGCAGACGUCCCCUGACCUGAAAAAACGCUAUCAGACCUUUCCCUUUGAGCGCAAGAAAGGCCACACCCUUAAGCACGCGGCGGCCGUGGAAACUUAUAAAGGUCAGAAUAACGGUUUUGCCAUGGAGGUCAAGCAGUCCAGAGCUGCUGAGCAGGGUUUAGAUGAGGAGGAGGAGGAGGAGGGAGCAUGCGGGGGGAGCGGAGUCCGUAGGACCAGGGCUCUGCUCCAUACUAAUGAGUGCAUUGCCACAGUGGAGCAGCACACUGCACCUGAUGGCCUGUGCUCUGACGCUCUGCAGCUCAGUUGCUCUGCAGACACAGACUGCCUUGCAAACACACAGAGAGGAAGCGGAGCCGGAGCACAGGCAGAGUACCAGCUCUGCAGUGUCCCAUCCAAAGGCAGGACAGGAUUACAACACAGGGAGGCCGAUACAGACCGCUCGGCCAAGAGGCAGCUGCUAAAUCUGGAGGAGGGCUCGUCCCGAACCCUGCCGGACAGGGCCUCCAAGGUUACCGGCCCCCUAGCCUGGAACUCCCUCACGCAGGUGGAGUGCCUGGACAGUCCGUCUGUGCGGAGCAAGCGGAAGAAAGCCCUGCAGCUCAACGGGCUGCAGAGUCAGACGCUACCCCGCUCCAGUGGAGGCUGUACAACACAGGCACAGUGCCACACAGGACAGCUAUCAGCCCGGCCUCUACGGGGCAUGGAGGAGCCUCUGACACCCUGCAGAGGUGGUGAGGCUGGUGGGGCACCGCCUGACCAAACACAGGAGGCCUGCAAGCAAAUAGUGCCUAUGAAUCAGGAUGGGGAGGUUAAAGCACAGCUCCAGGCCAUGGAAAAUCUCAUCAGCUCCAGCCAAGAGACCAUCAAAGUGCUGCUGGGGGUCAUCCAGGAGCUGGAGAAGGGGGAGGCCCACAGAGAAGGACUCUCCUAUCGAACUGGACAGGACACGGCCAACUGCGACACAUGCCGGAACAGCGCAUGCAUUAUUUACAGUGUGGAGCUGGACUUCAAGCAGCAGGAGGACAAGCUGCAGCCGCUGAUGAUGAGGCUUUGCCCUACAGCGGACGGCCACUUCCCCUCUUUGCCUUACCCUCAGGAGGCCUUCACCUCCACCCCUAAACGCAAGUCCAAAGCUGACUCCAAGAAGCACGCUCGCUGGAAACUUUGGUUCCUGUAGAAACACAGGACCGUCUCCUUCCCCACUACUGAUGCACAGGAUUUAUUUGUCUGUCUGCUCGUCCAUAUUCGUUUGGUUUAACCAUAGGCUUCUGUUCUCUUUUGGGAGACCUGGUGUUAAUGGAGAGCUCCACCACUGGAUACUGAGCCCCUUCUUGCAGACGACAGGAUGUGUAAUGGGAUGUGCAGAUUCCAUGGAAAAUUCAAAAACGUCAUGCUUACCAAAAAUUGAUGCAGAGUUAUUUUGAACUAAUUACUUCAAACAGGGUGUGAAAUUACACCAAGGGAAUUUUUUCGCAGAUCAGCAAGGUGAGAAGACAAAUUCCAAUUCCCUCUGUCUAUUUGCAUAUAUUUUUCUAGCUGACGUCCACAGGCUUCUAUUCCAGGAUUAGUCAGUGAACGUCACAUUUCUAUUCACCAGUUGGGACUUUGUCUUUUCCUCCCCAGCCUCCAGGAGAGGUUGGCACUUCAGCCACCACGCUCUGAGGUCUACAGCAUAUCGCCGUACUGCAAAGCACAAUUAACACUGUUCAGGAUACAUUUUCUGCAGAAUUAAUAAAAAGAACUAUUUUGAGUAAUAACUCACAUGUAGAUCAUCUACUAAGACGUUCAUAACAUCUAAAGAAGAGACCUUAAGGAGAAAGAUGUCAGAGAUGUUUAUUGGAUCUCUUUGAUCAACUUUCUAUCCAUCUCUAAUAUGUCUCCUUGAAUCCACUGACUUUGAAGUAAAGAAUGAAUAAAUAACACUUAUUUUCUUAAAAAAACAUUUGCAAAGGUAGAAAUCAAUGUACUUUUUUCUAUAUAAAUAUAUAUCUAUAUACAUUCAAUUUAAGGUUUAAUGGAAUAUAUUUAUAUGAGCUGCUGUGAAGGGGGCUGUGCAAAACUACAGUGCAUAGAAGGAACAUUUCUGACUCUUAAUUCUUUUUCACACAUCAAACCUAGUUCUUAUUAACCUCACAGUGCAUAUGUUCAUACCCUCAAAUAAAUAAGUCAAUAUGAUUAAACUUCAAGAGUAUAAAACGAAAGAGUUCUGGCUCAAAACACAGUCAAUUCAGCUGAAAAACCGUUUCCUUUUUUUUCAGUCAAGAAUCCAAGUAUAACAACACAUUGUUGGUUUGUAGCACAUGUGAGGGGAAACAGAAGGUAGCUGUGAUUGUAUUGCUGCAGUAUUCUGCAUCAGCUACUCCGUUAGCUACUGAAACCAAGCCAGAGAGACUGAGUGUGCCACUUCUGAUCACAACCAGGGCUUCUACAGUGCAGGGUGGCAGGCGUGUCGCCUCGCAUGCUUUUUACAACCCUCAGAUUUGCAGGAUAUUUUCUAGCUUUUAAAGAAUUUAUAAAGACCACUACAAAAAAAGUGUCCACAGCCAUGCCCUUCUUUUUUUUUCUUUUUAAAGAUGACCAGCUCCUGCUCAUCUCGUUCUAUCGAUUCGACUGUAACUCAUGCCGCAACUCCACACAGGGUUCAAAGACUAUGUACAGACAAAAUAUUUGCAUUCUCUAUGUAUAAAUAUAUGUUGUAUAGCAUCUAAUAGGGCUAGUACAACUUUAAUGAGAGGGAAAGCAGCCAAUAUCUAAAAAAUUAAUUACCUUAACAGCGCCUGCAGGAGCUUAAAGCCUCUCAAAGCCAAAAACACUGCCCAAAAGACGAAUACACCAAAGUGGUUUCAAGGGCAUGAAUAACAAUCUUUAUAUCCUGUCACAACAACACCUUGCAAACUGCUAGACGUCACUGGUUUGACCUUCACAAGCUCCGACUCGCUGCUUUCCGUUGGCUACAUGUGAUCACACAUCCACUCUUGUACAUGCAGAGUAGGUUUCUUUCAGUAGUUAUUCUGUAGCAUUGAGAGAGAAGUAGAUGUUUAUCUGUACCUUAAAGAAGUGCAAUUUAUUUAA